AGUGCCUGAUCAACCGGUGUGUGGAGGUCAUACCGGUUGUGUUGCUGAUGGCACAUUCCCAUCGCCAGUUAAGCGACUGGAGGUUUGUCGCCGAGAUUGACCCUCGCUCAAGAAGGGUCACCGAAACUCGGGCCGAGCUGCACGAGGCUGGCGUAUCUCAGUCGCUCGUGCGGUUCGCCUGAGUUUUUUUUUUUUUGUAGCCGUUGUUCGAUUUGAAAAUCUCGUGGUCAAUAAUUUAACUAUAUUUUAUUGUGUUCUUGAACUGAAAUCGUUACAAGAUCGUCUAUAAGAUGGUGUACAUAACUUGAAUUUGUUAUAACUCGAGUUGUUGCAGUUUUGAACUGGGGCGUCGAUAUAAUAAUUUAUGUUUUUGCAGGCAGCAGAAUGGUGGCUGACUACCGCCGCCAGACUGGUGAGCGUCGAUUGCGGGAUGAGUGCACCUGCAUCAUCCGCAACGGCGUUCACCACUAAGCGGCUGGUAUCCGAGUACGGUCGACGCACUGAUGAUGCGUUGGGUAGCCUGUCAAUAUCCGGCACAGUCAACUACAAGACUGUACUCGAUGCGUUUGUUCAUCCUAAUGUGUACAGGCUGGCCAUCCUGUACACAUUAGUCUCUCGGCGGGCGGACAUGGCGGACGUGGUCACACGUCUGGAGUGCCUGAUCAACCGGUGUGUGGAGGUCAUACCGGUUGUGUUGCUGAUGGCACAUUCCCAUCGCCAGUUAAGCGACUGGAGGUUUGUCGCCGAGAUUGACCCUCGCUCAAGAAGGGUCACCGAAACUCGGGCCGAGCUGCACGAGGCUGGCGUAUCUCAGUCGCUCGUGCGGUUCGCCUGAGUUUUUUUUUUUUUUGUAGCCGUUGUUCGAUUUGAAAAUCUCGUGGUCAAUAAUUUAACUAUAUUUUAUUGUGUUCUUGAACUGAAAUCGUUACAAGAUCGUCUAUAAGAUGGUGUACAUAACUUGAAUUUGUUAUAACUCGAGUUGUUGCAGUUUUGAACUGGGGCGUCGAUAUAAUAAUUUAUGUUUUUGCAGGCAGCAGAAUGGUGGCUGACUACCGCCGCCAGACUGGUGAGCGUCGAUUGCGGGAUGAGUGCACCUGCAUCAUCCGCAACGGCGUUCACCACUAAGCGGCUGGUAUCCGAGUACGGUCGACGUACUGAUGAUGCGUUGGGUAGCCUGUCAAUAUCCGGCACAGUCAACUACAAGACUGUACUCGAUGCGUUUGUUCAUCCUAAUGUGUACAGGCUGGCCAUCCUGUACACAUUAGUCUCUCGGCGGGCGGACAUGGCGGACGUGGUCACACGUCUGGAGUGCCUGAUCAACCGGUGUGUGGAGGUCAUACCGGUUGUGUUGCUGAUGGCACAUUCCCAUCGCCAGUUGUAUGUAUAUUUUUUUUACAUUUUGUUCUACGAAUAUUAUAUCAAUUUAUAUUUUGAUUAUC